GAGCCUGGCACACAAACGCACACACGCUCGCUCCACUCCGCGGCACACGGGAUGCCAAAAAGUGCGCGGAGAGCAGAGAGCGGCAGAGAAGAGGAGCGCUAACAACUGAAAGAAGAAAAGAAAAACAACAGGGAAAGAAAGACAGAAAGAGGAGAAAGGAAGCGAGACGUAAACAGGACACACGCGUUUUUUCCUGCUCAAGUUACGCGCGGUGCAACAAGAGAGAGUUCGCGGCGGCAGCAUUGUUAAGACUCCACUCCGGUGAGAGGGGCCACAGCGCGAUCGAGGAAAGGAGGACACAAAAGGAAAAAACGGACUAUCCGGAGAAAGUCCUGUCCCGGAUCUCCCGACAACCACACGCUCCGACGCUUCUUUUUCUUUUUUCCUUCUCCGCCACCGAUUUGAAUUUUGAAUCUUUUGAAAAACUCCUAAACCGAGAGACAGAUAGCGAGGAAGGAAAAAGACGAAAGGAAACGAGCGAGGAAGGAAGAGAGAGUGUGAGUGUGAGUGAGGAGGAGACGCCGGGUUUUGAGGAGCAGAGAGAAGGCUGUCCACAUGGUCCAACCGCUGGCGUGAAAGUUGACUUCUUCGCGAAACAAGAACAGGUGCCAGUGAUGAUGGUGGAAUCAGCUUCGGAGACCCUUCGAACAACGCCGUCCAAUCAGAAUGGAGUCAGCAGCCUCACCAGCCAAUCAGACGCAGGCGGAGGCAGAGAGGGCGGGUCCAACGGAGACACUAACGGCGAGAUCAGCCCAGUAGACUUACUACACCUGCAGCAGCAACAGGCUCUUCAGGCGGCGCGGCAGUUCCUCCUGCAGCAGGCGUCAGGACUCAACUCUCCCAGCAGCACCGAGAUCAAGCAGAGCCCUGUGCAGGUGCCCGUCUCCAUGGCGAUGAUGAGUCCUCAGAUGAUCACUCCUCAGCAGAUGCAGCAGAUUCUGUCCCCCCCUCAGCUCCAGGCGCUCCUCCAGCAGCAGCAGGCUUUAAUGCUACAACAGUUGCAGGAGUACUAUAAGAAGCAGCAGGAACAGUUACACCUCCAGCUCCUGUCCCAUCAACAACAACAACAACAACAACAACAACAACAACAGCAGCAGCAGCAGGUCGGCAAGCAGCCCCCCAAAGAGCCUCUGGGCAGUAAACAGCUGGCCUUCCAACAGCAGCUCAUCCAGAUGCAGCAGCUCCAGCAGCAGCACCUCCUCAACCUGCAGAGACAAGGCCUGGUGCCGAUGCAGCCCACCUCCGCCAUGCAGUCACUACAACAAGCGAUGUGCCCGUCAGACCUGCAGCAGCUGUGGAAGGAGGUGUCUGGUGUCCCGAGCUCUGAGGAGACCCUGAAGCAGGCGGAGGGGCUGGAUCUGAGCACCUCCGGCUCCAACACUACCUCAGCCUUCCCCAAGACCCCCAGUGCCCACCUGCCCCUGCACGGCCUGGCCAACGGGCAGAGCCACACACCCAAGAGACAGGACAGAGCCCGACUGUUUGAGUGGAUCUCGUCCUUCACUAAAGCCGACAGCGCAGACGAUCAGAUCAGCCUCUACAGCAAAGGCAGCCAGCCCCCCAGCAGCCACCACGAAGAGCAUUCCGGCUCCCACCCGCUCUACGGACACGGCGAAUGUAAGUGGCCUGGAUGUGAGGCUCUGUGUGAAGACAUGGGACAGUUCAUCAAACACUUGAACAACGAACACGCUCUGGACGACCGCAGCACCGCCCAGUGCAGAGUGCAGAUGCAGGUGGUGCAGCAGCUCGAGAUACAGCUGGCUAAAGAGAGCGAGCGGCUGCAGGCGAUGAUGGCUCACCUGCACAUGAGGCCCUCGGAACCCAAGCCCUUCAGCCAACCCUUGAACCUAGCCUCCAGUGCUGCCCUCCUGAAGCGGGACAGUGACAUGUAUCCCGAGGGUCUGCCCCACCCGCCCACCUCGGCCGCGGCGCCCAUCACCCCCCUGCGCUCGGGACCCUCCGUCAUCAGCUCCUCAGGCCUGCACCCACACGCCCACUCUCACGGGGUGGGGCCCAUACGCAGACGCAACUCAGACAAGUACUGCACGCCCAUAGCUUCAGAGCUGGCUCAGAACUGCGAGUUCUACAAAAACGCUGAUGUCCGGCCCCCGUUCACCUACGCCUCCCUCAUACGCCAUGCGAUCCUGGAGUCUCCGGACCGACAGCUGACUCUGAAUGAAAUCUACAAUUGGUUCACGAGAAAAUUUGCCUACUUCAGGAGAAACACAGCCACGUGGAAGAAUGCCGUGCGCCACAACCUGAGCCUGCACAAGUGUUUCGUGCGUGUGGAGAACGUGAAGGGAGCCGUCUGGACCGUGGACGAGGUCGAGUACCAAAAGAGGAGACCACCAAAGAUGACCGGAAGCCCCACUCUGGUGAAGAACAUGAUUUCAGGCCUGGGUUUUGGAUCCCUAAACGCCAGCUACCAGGCGGCGCUGGCGGAAAGCAGCCUGUCCCUCCUGAACAGUUCGUCUCUGGGGACCCCUCCCUCUGCCCCCAGCCUCAACAUGCUGCACGUGGGACACGACGACGUCAGCUCCACCGUGGAGCAGGUGCACAGCAACGGCAGCUGCAGCCCCACGCUGAGCCCGCAGCAGUACAGCCACCAGGUGCACGUGAAGGAGGAGCCCACCGAGCUGGAGGAGGACAGCCGACCCGUAUCCCUCCUGACCGGGGUCUCACACAGCCUGCCCCUCCCCAGCGACGAACGCGACCUGGAGGAAGACCUGCCCACAGAGGAGCUGCUGGAGUAAAGACAACCCAUCCCACCCUGCACCCAGGACCACCAAGGACCACUCCACUUUGGACCCCAAGACCACCGAGCAAGGACCCAUCCCACGUGCAAACAUACCACUUUUAUCUGACAAUGUCCCAAAUAAUCUUCAACUCAAAACGACCAUCUCAGUUAGGGUAAAGGCUGACUAGAAGGACCCAUCCCACCCAGAAAGUAACACUACAUUCUUUACCUUCCACUGGAGGUUCUAUCCAGGAUGCCAAAAACAAGGAUUGAGGUCACAGAGAACCCAUCCCACCCUGGACCCAAGGCCACCAAGGACCACCUGCCAACAUACCAGAUUCUUACAAACUCCCCAAAAUCUUCAACCCCAGUUUGGGUAAAGACCAACUAGUAGGACCCAUCCCACCCAGAAAGUAACACUACAUUCUUUACCUUGCAAGGAGACUGCACUACCCAGGAUGUGCUUCCCCAAAAGUCCCCAAAUUCUGUAGGACACAUCCUACCAAAACGAUGAUUGAGGUCAACAAGAACCCAUCCCACCUUGGCCCCAAGACCACCAAGAACCCAUCCCACCCUG